CUCUCUUCCAACUCUCUCUCUCUCUCUCUCUCUCUCUCUUCUUGUGGGAGAAUGGCGAGUAUGGAGACGGACGUGAACAUGGCGCCAGCAGGAGAAGGGCCGUGCAUUACAGGCCCAUCUUCUUCUUCUUCUUGCUGCUCCAAGAAGCCCAAGCGCUUUGAAAUCAAGAAGUGGAAUGCGGUCGCUCUUUGGGCCUGGGAUAUUGUCGUCGACAACUGCGCAAUUUGCAGGAACCAUAUCAUGGAUCUCUGCAUUGAGUGCCAGGCGAAUCAGGCAAGCGCGACAAGCGAGGAGUGCACAGUGGCAUGGGGUGUAUGCAAUCAUGCGUUUCAUUUCCACUGCAUCAGUCGAUGGCUCAAGACCCGCCAAGUUUGCCCACUGGAUAACAGCGAGUGGGAGUUUCAGAAGUACGGGCACUAAGGACAGGUGUGGAAUGCUGGAGUCAUUGGGUUCUUUUCCUGUCGUGUUGCAAAGCUGGGAAGUGAACUGGACCAGCCAAGUUUUUCGAGAGUAUCUGUGGCCGAUUGGUUAUCUUUGAUCGUUUCUUCAUGUUAUCUAAAUAUCUUUAAAUUUGGCCUUGGUCUUGCACCAGGUUCUGGAAUGGGUGCGGACAGUGGACGUCUGCAUGUUGAAUCGGUUUCUGAUUUACAUAUACCAGAAUUGCAUUUCCCUGUU